AUUCCUAAAAUAAAUGUAAACACCGGAUAUAACCUAACUAAAUCUAAAAAAACUGGUUAAAAAUUAUGUUAAAUAGAACCGUAUUAAUUUCUCAAAGAUGCUUUUCCCAAAAAUCUCUAAAGUUAAAGGAAAGCCAAAAAAUGUUAUCCUGGUUAAUACAUUCGUACGGUGAUAUAAACGAACUUCAACUGGAAUCUAAAAGACUUCCUAUUAUAUACAAUCCUGAAGAAGUUUUAGUACAAGUUAAAGCAGCCUCGUUAAAUCCAAUAGAUUUAUUUAUGCUGGGCGGUUACGGGAAAACAUCUUUUCAAGUAUUAAGAAAGGCAGAAUUAGAGUUUCCUUUGACCCUUGGAAGAGAUUUUUCAGGUACAAUAAUAUCUAAGGGCCAUGGAGUUAGCAAUAAGUUCAAUGUUGGAGAUGAAGUUUACGGUUUUGUACCUAUUCACAAACAAGGAAGUUUUGCUGAGUUUGUGCUGGCAUCAGGUUGUCAUAUAUUACCAAAGCCAAAGCACUUGACACAUGAACAAAGUGCAUCACUGGUUUAUGCCUCAAUGACUGCAUGGAGUGGACUAUUUAUAGCUGGAAAUCUUCUAAUGAGACAGAAGGAAGGUUUAAGGGUAUUAGUAUUGGGCGGUUCUGGUGGAGUAGGAACUGCCGCAAUUCAGCUACUAAAGUCUCAAGGAUGCAUAGUAUACACCACUUGCUCAAAAGAUGCUGUAGACUUCGUCUCUUUAUUGAAACCAGAUUUUGUAUUUGAUAGAAGUGAUCCAAAUUUUAUUAAAAAUGUAGAAUUAGAAGGAAAAUAUCAUGUCAUCUUAGAUGCAGCUAAUAUGGGAAUUCAUAACAUUCCAAAAUCAUGGAAUUUUGAAUCCUAUAUUACAUUAAAUUCACCACUUUUAGUAAAUAAUGAUAACUAUGGGUUAACUUUUGGUCUUUUGAAGAGUGCAAAAGACUUGUUUGAAGCAAAUAUUACCAAUAUAUGUAAUGGAAAAACUGUAAGAUGGGGUUAUUUUGUUCCAUCAAACUUUGGAUUUCAGUUUUUACAUAGACUAGUGUGUGAAGGCAAAAUAAAUCCAGUUAUUCAAAAACAGUUUGGUUUUGAUGAUUUGCCUUGUGCUAUAGAAACUCUUAAGUCUGGCCAUGCAAGAGGAAAACUUGUGAUAACUUAUGAUAAUUAGACUUAAUAAAAUGUUAAUCAGCACUAGAUAAUUAUUUUUAAAAUUAAAUAUCAAAUUAAAAGAC